AUGCAUUUAUUUUUUUCAGAUGCUCCGUCGCCAAAAGAGUACGACAUCAAAUCUUUGGACACGAACUCAGUAGACGAAGACGAAAAAGAGCCAAGCGACGAUUUACUCCGCUUGGACGCGGAUUCGACUGAGUGCAGUAAUGACAUAGACGGGGCAACAACAGGAUGUGCAUCGCAGAGCAAGUUGACUUUGUACACGCCGGAAUAUUUGAGGAUAUUCGUUGCGGUUUCCAGUCUUGUGGGGCUGUUCAUUGGGUUUCUUUGUGGGUAUCUGGUGUCCCGGCGAUUUCACACCCAUCCGCAGUACCCUAAUCAGGCGUUUAUUGAACAGCACAACCAUCUAGAUCGUUGUACAUCAUCCAAACUUGGUGGAUGUCGAGAUGACUUUUCCACACAUGAAUUUAUCAAAAGUCCAAAUCCAACAGACUCACUGUGAAUCAGAAUAGUUUUUUAGCCCCGCGAAACAAGACGGUGAAUCUUGACGUCCUGAACGUUUCGACGGAUUCACUGCCACCAAAAAAGGACAACCUUGGCUCUUUGAAGAAUUUGAACAUAACAAAUGAAGGUACACUGCAGAAGAUCAAGAAAACUUAUAUCUGAAUGCGUUUCGCGAGAUUCCAGUAUUUGCAGUAAGAACUCUCAGAUUAUAACUUUUUUCUCGAAUAUCUCUAUUUGCACGGUCAUCAAGUCAGAUUCAGGAAGUUUUUCACGGAAGCACUUCAAUCCAGGACAGAGCUCUGAAUAGAGUUUACUCUCUCCGAAUCAGUGUCCCUAAGGAAUUUAAUACAGAUUCGUUCUACGAAUAUUAUUAUGAGAAACAAUAAUAUUUGGCGAACCAAAUCUGUUCAACUUUCGUCUUCAUCAAGCUCCAAAUCUGGCAUCAGGUAUGAUGUGGCCAAAGAAUACAGAGGAACCAUUUGAAUGUGCACUCGCGAAAAUUCCUUUGAUCUUAUGGCACUGGGACAAGAUUUCCCUCCUUUGUUUUGCAUCCAUUGACGCAGCACCAACUGCCACCAAUCUACUCCCUGGGUAGUUAUAGUACAAGAAGUAUCUUCGCAUCUGCCUAGAAAAAUAUUUUGAUUGUUUUUUCGCAUAAGUUCAUUCAAAAAAGACCCCUUUUAAUGAACCUGCACGUUGCCAGUUCUUCUUUUGACAACUCUGUAUUCUUUGGAUGUGACAAACAUAAAACAUCUUGCUUUUUUUACCUAUUUGGAUGAUGUGAAACAUUUUUCACAACCCCAAGAAACUGUUCGGUUUUUAUGUGGAUGUAGAAAUAAUUUGAAUAUGAAUAAAGUUGUGCCAAUUCCGUUGGACUCCCCGAUGUUGUGAUAUGUACGCACCCAAGAAACUCGAGUUUUAACUUGAUGAACGUGCAACAUAAAAUAUUUUCAUACAGAAAGACCUAAUGCGUAUGUCUUUUGAUGAAUAUUUUUGUACCUGCUAUAUAAUUAUAGACUGCCUUUAUGCUAUUCUACCGAGUUGAUAGAAGAAUGUUAUUCAGAAGCUACCCCUGUUGGCUUUAAUUUUUCUUUCUCAAGCUCAAUGUAAUAUUUUUAUAAUAGCUCACGUUUUUAUUUUGAUAUACUGAUCUUUGAAUGUGAGAGCACACUUUUGCUAUAAAACGAUAAAACGUUAACCAUUUGAUGUAUCUUAUGUACAGGGUGGGGCAGAAAGACUUUCCCGAUUUGGACAGCCGAUAAAAACUGAACUAAUCAAGAUAUAGAAAAAAAACUUAUUUUUUUAUAGGCAUUUAUAGUGCCAUUUUAAGUCAAUGCGUCUUGAAAAUGAUAUCACUCAAGUCCAUUGUUGAGUGAGUGAACCUCUUCCGAUAGUUUUCCAUCACUCUGCAGAUCAUGUCAGGCGGAAUGGCAGCAGUUUCCUGGAAUUGUUUUCUCCUUGAGAGCGUCUAGAGUUUGAGGGCGAUGUUGGUACACUUGUUCCUUUAGGUAGCCCCAAAAAAAAUCACAUGAGGUCAAAUGCGGUGAGUACGGAGGCCACCCGAUGUCGCAGCGCAAAGAAUAAAGAUGUGUCCAGGAAACAUUUCUCGCAGAAGUGCCAUACAUGUUCUUGUCCAUGCUCAUUGACAAAAGCAGCCACUCCGGGCCGUAUAAAGCUCUCUAGCAUCACAUAACAUCGAUCUGCGUUCACUCUAACAGUUCCAUUCAACAAAAUAUGGACUCCCACACACCAGAUUCAGAAAUGGCACACCAGACUGCAACCUUAGGUCUAUAAAGUGGCCACUCGUGCAGUUCUCAAGGGUUAUUUUCAGACCAAUACCUGCAGUUUUGUUUGUUGACUUCGCCAGAAAGCUGGAAAUGGGCAACACCACUGAAGAUCAAAACGUCCAUGCGAGGAAUAUUGCGAAGUUGGCACAAAAUGGUACGGGUUUCACGGUCUUUUUCACGCAACUCCUGUGCAAUGGCAAUUUUAUAGGGAUGCAUAUCAAGAUCCCGGUGUAGGAUUCUCCGAACACUCCGAUUUGAUAAUCGCAAAGCAGUGCUUACGUGCAGAGCUGCUGAAUUGACGCUCUCACAGCUGCCACAUUUGCUGGCCCUGUUGCUGUUCGAGGUCGACCAGGAGAUUUUCUUUUUAAUGCCGAUCCUGCUUCUAGAAAGUUCGACACCCAUUUAACACUUGUCUACUAUCGGGAACCAGACCAUGUCGCCCGAGCUGGAAGUGAAUGCCAUUAUUGGCGAACCUCCAUUUCGAAUAAACCAAGCCAUGGCUGACACUAAAAAAGUGGAAUAGACGAGAUAUAUACUCUUCUGCGCUGUACCCCCUAUUGGCGUAGCUAGACGGUUUCCAAAUCGGGGAGGCCUUUCUGCCCGACCCGUAGAAUGAUUCAUUUUGCAGUAAUUGGUACAUCUGCAAGCGCUUUUAAUGGCUCAUACUUUGUUUCUACAGGAGUGUGCUCUCAAUUUGGAGAUCAAUUUACGUUUUACUUACGUUUUAGUACUACUUAUACGGAAUCAAAAAUGAAUUUGCUUUAGCAGCUAAUUUUGCAAUAGAGAAAGAAAAUAAUGUGUAAUUAUUGUUUUAAGUGUUUAUGUGAUAAGUAGCUAUACACGAGGCGGAACGACACAGUCUCUCGAUUGAACUUUUAUAAAAAAGAUAAAAUUUAUAAAUGUUGAGAACCAAUGAGUUAUAACCGAUGGGUUCUAACUCAUUAUAUUAUAUAAAAAGGCCAAGAUUAAAUCUUCCACAAAUGUGAAUUUAGUAAUAAACACAGUCUUUAACAAAAGAGUAGUUAUACACGGUCCGGCACAAAGGUCGGACGGUUUUUAAAAAAUCACAGAAUCGGUAAUUUGUAGUCGAAAACAAAUUUAUUGACGGAUUCGGGUUCACAAUGAAACAGCGUUUGUAAUUAAUUGUGGAAAAUCACAUCAGUCAUGUGGUGGCCGUUUUUGACGAUGCAUUGCUGGAGGCGUUCUUAAAAGUUCGCGUAGACUCUCUCCAACAUCGUUCUCUCAACUUGGGCGCCUUCCACGCGAAUUGCCUCCUUCAUCUCGUUCAGAGUUCGGAUCUUGUGUUUGUAUACACGAGCCUUGAGGUGGCCCCAUAGGAAAAACUCGCAUAUGGAUAAAUCUGAGGACCGAGAAGGCCAAUUAACAUCACCGCGAAACCUCGAAAUAAGGCGACCACUAAUGAGAGGGCAAGUAACGUUCAUAGUAGCUCUGGUGGUGUGGGCGGUCGCCCCAUCCUGUUGGAAUCACACAUGUCGCAAUGGAACCGCCUUCGAAGUAGAUUUUAACCAUGCCAUUAAGAUGAAAGUGAGUUUCAUAACUCAUGAACAAAAUGAGGUUCUCAAGUUCAUGCAUGCAUAGUCUCCAGGCUGCAACUGUUGCACAAUGGCAAAUUUGUAGUUGUGAAAGUGGACUUCCAUAUGCAAAAUACGCCUAACCGAACGAUCACUGAGGCGAACUUCAGCAGCAGGUGGCCGAGCAGAUCGAACCGGGCUGCGCAGGAGGGCUUGUCCAACGCGUUCCACAUUAUCAGGGGUUCGAACCGUUCGCGGAGCUCCUGGUCUUUUGUUGAUCAGUACACCACGUGUGCGAACCACCAACGAAGGAUGGUGUUUCGAGAAGGAACAGCUCGAUUCCGAUGAAUAUUAAAGUGGCGACGAAACUCUCGCUGUAGAGCCGUGAUAGACUGAUUAUGGCCGUCCAUUGCUCCAUAAUGUCUACUGGCCAAAAUGCUAGCAACGUCCGAGUCGAACGGCACUCUCCCCACUACUCUCGCCCAAAUAGGCGGAGAGUGCUAGCCAUUUCAAAAAUAUCCGUUCUUUAUGCGGGACCCUGUAUAAAGAGAAUAAAGAGUAUAAUACUUUUCUAUAAAACGUACUAUGAAGCAACCGUAAAGGAGUCGAAAUGUGUUUUGUUAUAAGUUGCGUGAUAUAUUUAAAUCUCACUAGAAAAUUGUCCUUAGUUAUUGGAGGAUUGAAGCAAAGGGUGGUCGCCUCCCCCAUAUAUUUCUGAUUAAAGCAUUUUAUGAACAUACUGUAUUGUUUCUUUCCACUAUGUUAUGACAGUGGUAGUAUUUUCAUUUGUUGCUGAUUUUUGAGAGUAAGUCACUCAUUUUCUACUCGUGUGUUGGCGUAAAAUUGCGCAAAAUGUUUAUAGGAUGAUUAAUAUCUUGGUCUACAAUUUUAUAAUACCCGUUUUACAUCAAUUUCUCCACCAAUUUAUUCAGAUGAUUUUCUUUCUUCAAGAUCAUCCUGCUUAUGCUUAUGCUUUUGCGGUGUUUUACAUCAAUGGACAAACUCGAUUAUCUGUCAGUAUUCAGUGCUGCCAACCACACAACAAAUUCAUGCUAGAAACAUGUUGAGCUUAUAUGUCUACUAUGGUUUUGAGGCGAGUCUCAUAAACAGAAACCUGAAUGCAGUAGUUCUAUACUUGAAAUUUGUUCCAAAUAAUGGAAGGGAAAACAAGUUCUAAUUUCGUGAAGAGAUCCACGAAUAUCAUGGAUUUAUUUGACGUCAAAUUUCUGUUUGACAUUUUUGAAAUUUAUCCGUGAAUAAAUCCACGGAAAUACAAUGUAAAACGGGUAUAAGAAAUUUUAAAUGUAAAUACUUUUUAGUCUUCGGUGAUGUAAAGAUUUUAAUACGCAUGUAUUCAGUUUUUCGGAUUACAUAGAAAUGCCAAAAAUUGUAACAAUUUUUAAUAUACAUUAGGUUUCUAGGUUCUUUUUGUUAUACGAUUUGUACCAUUUUAAGUUGUAUACAGGAUGUUUCACAAUCCAGGCAUGCAAAGAAUAAUAACCAACCUUAUUGAAAAUCCUGUUAGUCACUUCUUAUGACGGUUCAGCAUGAAAAAAAGUGAAAAUGAUUGUAAAUAAAAUCUCUAUCUCGGUAGUUUUUUUAGUGAUCUGAUCACGGUAUACAGUCAUUGAUCAGCCAAAACAUGAACUUUGCAACAUCCUGUACAUCAUUAGUAGCUGAAUAGUGUAUCCAAAACUCGGAUACUGAAAGAUUGAUGGAUCUUUGGUACAACACUCAACCCCUUAAUAGAGCUUUCAUAUAACAUAUGUUUUCAUUAUAAGUAGUCCUCAUGAUUGUACGAUUAAGUAUAACAGUUUGGUUAGCGCUCAAUAGUAGUAAUUGUACAUAGUAUUUCUUUUUUUAGUUUUUCACAUUAAUUUAUGUUUGGCUGUGAAUUUCUAAAAAAAAUUAUCAAUCGGUUAAGGCACGAUAUCCUCUAUAACCGACGAAAUUAUAUAAUGCUGACUUGUACAAAAAAAACUAAAAUACUCUUCAAUAAGCACUAGAGUUACUAAAUGUCUAUCUGUCUAUUAAUUUUUAAUGUAUUUAAUAUAGAUGAUGUUACA